UUCACACGUCAUGUGUCAGCGUGUCCUCUGCCGGUGCAGGUCAUCGUGGUUGAUUCGUUAGAGCACGUGUUAGUGUGUUUUGUUUUUAUACACAUACACAUACACACAUAUAUUCAUAUAUAUUUUACGGUAAUGGCUGCUUAUGGAAGGACGGCGCUUGUCUCUGCGUUCGUGCGCCACUUCAGCGGAAGUCGCUCUUCAUGCGUCAGGAAGUUCCUCGAUACAAACCAAAGCAUGCGAGUUGUUUGUAAUGUAAAAUACAGACAGGGGAGAGAAAGUCAUGUGUGUUCAGUGCAUCCUGUGAAGGCUACAUUCAGCUGGGCCACACAACGCAGAUCUCUUUCUUCAGAAACACCGUACAAAGAAGAUGAAUAUCCACCACUUCCAGAGUAUUCUCCUCUUCCAGAGAGCGAGCAGAAGGAAGUGUUCAUUGUUCGGGUUAAAGGUCUGCCGUGGACGUGUAGUGCUGAGGAUCUGCUGAAAUUCUUCUCAGAGUGUCGCAUUCGAAAAGGUGUGAACGGGAUUCAUCUUAUGUAUCACAAGAACGGAAAGCCCAACGGACAGGCCUUCAUCGAGCUGGAGGACGAGGAGGAUGUCAACAAAGCCUUGGAGAUGCACAGGCAGUAUCUUGGGCCCCGUUAUGUAGAAGUGUAUGAAGUGACCAAUCAUGAUGCCGAGGCCAUACUGAAGGGCACAGGUGAGAGCCAAGACGGAGUGGUUCGCAUCCGAGGUCUGCCCUUUAACUGCGCAGAGAAGGAAAUUGUCCAGUUUUUUUCAGGACUGAACAUCAUGAAGGACGGGGUCACGCUGGUCAUGGACCGCUGGGGUCGAAGUUCAGGUGACGCGUUUGUGCAGUUUGCUACACAAGAAAUGGCUGAUGAAGCACUGAAGAGAGACCGAGACGUUAUUGGAAACAGGUACAUUGAGGUGUACCCCAGCAAGAAGAGCGAGAUUCAGACACAGUACAGCAGAGCGAGAGGAGGAGACGCUACAGUUAACCCAGGCCGCACACAGAAGACCGGCAAUGUCUCUCUUCCCACACACUACAUACACAUGAGGGGUGUACCAUAUCAAGCCACAGCUGAAGACAUCAUAAACUUUUUUCACCCUAUCAGGGUGGCAAAGGUUCUGAUCGAGUACGGGCCCGACGGGAGACCUUGCGGCGAGGCAGCCGCUCACUUCACAACGCGACAGGAUGCGCUGGAAGCAAUGACCAAAGACAAGCAAUACAUACAGGACAGAUAUAUUGAGCUGUACCUAAAUUCCUCGUAAUCGGAGAAAAAGGACUGAAAAGGUGAAUGGUUGUGUGUACAAAGCAUUUUGGCAAUAUUUAUUUGAAAUAAAUAUGGGGAGAAAACUGUAAUUAAACCUGCCUGGAUAUGGA